CAUGGUUUAGUCAUUUGACUUAUGAUCGCAGCAAAUAGGAGAUGAAAGGAAGGGUCUGACUGAGGUUGUCUUUACCGACAGAGGAGAGGACACAGCACAGACAUGGGUGAGGCUCAGUCGAGGUCAGUGAUGCUUCACCAUCAGGACCAACCUCUGAACUCGGCCUAUGGAGGGCAAAAAGGCUCCAACAACAGCUCCUCGUCCUCGCUGCGCAACAGGAAGGGCGACAAAGACGGCAACUUCAACUUCCUGCCGGGCAAAGAGAACGAGGGCGUCACGAGCAACGCAGGAGGAGACGAGAACCGAAACCAGGUGCGUCCCCGCAGCUUGGGCCCUCUGGGUCGGGACUCCUCCUCCUCGUCUUCCUCGUCUUCUGGGUAUCACAACAACUCCGGGGUCCUGUCGCCGCGCUCCCGCCUGCCCUGCUGGAGCCCACUGGAGCCGCUGCCCGAGAUCGAGAGCGGGGAUGACGGUUACGGCCGGGUUCCCCCCGAUGGAGCCGAGGAAGGUCGGAUGCAGGAGGAGGAGAGACGGGUGAUGAUGAGCCAGAACGAGGAGAAGCAGAGAGAGAAAAAGGAGCAGCAGAGGAGGAAAAGCUCGGGUUUCAAAAGCCGGGAGGAAGAUGAGGACGAGGUGACGCUGGAGGACGACGAAUGGGGCGACAGCGGCUCUGAUUCUGAGUUCAGCUGCGGCAGCGUGUCCUCCCUCAACAUGGACAGUGCAGGAGAAGGGACGCUCAUGGGAGGCUGGGACCGCAUCGGAGUCGGGGAACCGAAAUCACACCAGCAGGAAAAUGGAAACGGCAACAAAGACCCGUCAGGAAGACGCGUCAGCCGCAAGUCCCUGACAGCAAGCAACCUGGCCAAUCUGCUGGAGGAAGGAGGUGAUGAGCGAGGAGGUGACGACCAGUCUUCAGACUCGGACGGCGAGAUGCCGGAGCUGAUGGACGCGGUGUGGACGCUGCGAGACCGCGAGCGCUUCAAGGCCCAGGAGAUGGAGAAGCACCAGGUGCAGCUGACCAUGUACCGCCGCCUGGCGCUGAUCCGCUGGGUCCGCACGCUGCAGGGCCGGAUCCAGGAGCAGCAGAACCGCCUGCAGUCCAGCUUUGAUGUCAUCCUCACGCAGAGGAAGGAACUGCUGCGCAUGGGCGCCGCUGCUGCCGUCGCCGCCGCCAACACCGCACCCGCUGCUGCUGUCAGCCAAUCAUAGAGCGAGAGGGAAGACCUCAAACAUGAAGUGGUUAUAAAUUACAUUUUUGUUCUGUUUUCUUUCAUCCCGAGGACAUUUCCCCUAAAAACAUUUUUAACAUUUGUAAACUUUACACUAGAGCCCGACCGAUAUGGGAUUUUUGAAACAAAUACAGAUUUUAGAGAGAAAAAUUGACUUAUUUCUGAUAUGGUGGCUGAUAAAAAUAGACCUUUUUAUGUGGAUUGUCCACCAAUUUUGCACCAAUAUGACUGCAAAGGAACUCAGAAGGCUGUUUUCUUAAACAAAUAACUUUAUGCAAGAAAUACUUAAAAGUUCCAGGCUGUAGCAGACUGAGUUUUACCAACUUUGUCCUGAUAUGUUGUUGGUAAGGCAAUGAAGUAACUCUCCAAAGUUAGGCAAAAUUUUAGUAAGGUAAAAACUGACAUGGCCAUUUCUGAAGAGGUCCUUCGACCUCUGAACUCAAAAUAUCUGAAUGAAAAUAGAUUCAAUGGAUACCCACGAGUCUACCCUUUACAGACAGAUAUCCAUUAUUACAAUCUUCAGACUUAAGUUGGGGAAAAAAGCAAUUAAUUGUGAAUAAUUACAGCAAAUUGUGCAAUUAAUUAGUUAUUGUAUUUGAUUGAUUGACAACCAAUUUUAGAAAUGAAAACUAAGAAAACAGAAAAAAUUAAAAACAAAAUAAAUUACUCAGUAAACAUCAGUAGUAUUUGUUUAGUAUCAACCAACUGCUCAUAUCAUUAAAAUGAUAAUUAAACAUAUCAGUACUAUAUCCAGUAUCAGUCCAUUCCUGAACAUUUGUAUGAAGAAAAAAUAAAAUAAAUAGCUAUAUGACACCAUUUCUAAAUCAACCCAAGUAUUGUUUUCUGCAUUAUAUGAUCUAUAAAAACAAGUUUUCAUAUUGUUGUAUCUCGGAAAAGAUAUAAACGAUGAUACUAAUACAUAUCAGCAGAUAUCGGUCGGGCUCUACUUUACACUUUGAUUGUAAUGAUGCAAAAACUUGUGUUUUUGUUCAUUUUCUUUACUGGUGUCCCACUCAGAGCAUCAAUAAAUGUAUCUGACUCAUCUUCAAAUAAACACUGGAACCAACUUCUGCAUCGUCACCGAACCAAAACAUCUUCCAGUCAAAAACAAAGACAUUAGGAACACUUUGUUGUCAGUUUAAUAUGAUGUUUAUAUCAAAAAUGUUCUGUGUGUGUCUGUGUGUGUGUGUAGAAAAAAACACCUGCUCUACCAAAAAAAGUGUUGAAAAAUAUGUAGAUUUGACAUUAUUAGAGAUGAUUUAUACCCUGAGAUCAUUCUGUAUAUAGAGAGAUAAUUAAAAGAAUAAAUAAAAUAAUCUUAUAUCUGA